AUGUUCGGUCGAACGAAACCGGGCAAAGGUGAUGACACAAUUCAAAGAACAAAAGAAAAAAUAAUUGAUUUAACAAAAAAUCCAUCUGAUCGACAACGUUAUUUAAAACUAUUAAUUGAUCAAUUAUCAACUGAUGAUUUACAAGCAUUUUUUAAAAGUUCAUAUCAAUAUAUUUUUUAUUUAUUCUUUGAAAAUUUUAGUCAAGUUGAAAAUAAUUUAACACGAGCACUUUCAAAACAAAAUCAAUUAGAACUUGAAUAUGUUACCAAUUUAUUAGAGCGUAUUCUUACAUUAUUACCCACCUUUGUACAUCAAAGAUGGCAAGCACAUUGUAUAUGCAAUGUAAUUAAACGAUAUUUUGUUGUUUGUAAUAGUCCACAAGGUGUUGCACGUGGCAUACGACUAUUUCUUCUUUGGUAUCAAAUAUUAGGUAAUAAUGCUGUUGAUGAUGAACAUACAUUAUUUAAAAAUCUUAUACGUAAUUGGAAUCAAACAUUGGUUGGUACACGUGGUAGUGGAGAAAAUCCAAAUACAGAUGAACAAGCAUCAGCAGCAUUUAAUGAAAUAUUUCGACCACCACCUGAUACAUUUCGAUGGGCUGAUAUUAUUCCAAUAUGGCCAAAAAAUACUUCUGAUUAUGAACCACCUGCUGAACGUUGGCUUUUUUUUAUGUUACAUACUAUGUCGGAUACAUGUAAACGUAUUUUAUGGGAUUCAAAUCGUGAAUCAUCACGUUUAGAAAAACAAGAAGAAUGUUUUCGAUUUUUAUUUGAUAUGUUUAAACGUUAUUAUAUGCCAACACUUUUUCCAACAUUUACUGAACAAAAUAUUUAUGAUUUAUCUAUACCAAUAACAAUUCCUGAUACAGUACGAAUUGAAAGUGAUCGAUUAAGAAGACGACAAGCAUAUUUAUGUCGAACAGCAUUUAUUGUAUGGUUAUUACCAUUUCUUAAUGAAGGACAAAAUCGAGAUAGAACAUUAACACGGGUACAAAAUCCAAGUGUAACAUCUCAAAAUAUUCUAACUCAAUCAACAGCAUCAAGUAGUACAGCAAUUGGUCCAUUAGAUUAUUUAUCAUCAUCAAAUGAAUUAUAUCAUAUAAUAGCGGGUUCAAUAUCAAAAAAUCAAAUAGUAUCAUUUCAACAAUUAGAAAAUCAAAUUGGACCAUUGGAUAGUAAUAUGUUAGAAAUAGGUCAAAAUGUACUUUUAUCAACACAAGAAAAUAUUAAUUUUAUUCAUGAAAUAUUUCGACAAAGUUAUCUUAUGUCCGGUGAAAAUGGUUUAGCUGCUUCUCUAAUUCUUCGUACGGUGAAUAAUUGGAUAAAAGAAAAACAUUUACGACCAGUUUUUAUGCUUGAACCUGAACAACGUUCAUCAUCAAAUGAUGUACCUAAUGAUAAUCAUCUUCGUUUAGGUCUUAAUCGUUGGUUACAAAUUUUUAUAACACAAUCAUUUUAUUUAUUUCUUGUACGACCAACAUCUACUAAUGAUGAACAACAAACUUUAACAACACAACAUGGAAUGAAUACAACAAAUACAAUACAACCUGAACAAGCUAUGCGUGAUAGAUCACUUGCUGGUCUUGUUACAUUCUAUAAAAAAUUACCACAAAGACAUACACCAGAUCGAUCAACAUGGGAUUUAAUUUUAAGAGUUAUGUUAAAAAUAGUUCGACUUUCAUUACAAGAUCGACCAACAUCAAAUAUAAAUCAUAUAUAUAUUGAAAAUACAAUAAAAGUAUCAUCAUUAUAUGUUAGUGUUGAACUAUGGAAUAAUUUAAGUGAUACAUUAUCAUCAAAAGUUAUGUGGCCUGAAGUUAUUGAUCAAUGGGAUUUAUCAAUGCGUGCAUUAACAAAAGAUCUUGGUCGUCUUGUUUAUAAAGUUGAAACAGAAUCAUCACAAACAUCAAAUAUUCGUCGAGGUGGUGCAAAUGGUGGUAUUCGACGUACUCCACAAUCUGUUCCAUCUGGUGCUCUUGAUCAAAAUCCAUCAGUUGUACAACGUAUACGAACAUUAAGUUCUGAUGAUGAUAUGGAUCUACCAGAACAAACAACACCACCAUCACAACAUCAACAACAAUCAAUUCGACCAUCACUUGUUGAACGUACUCGAGUAGCACGACGACGUACAAGUAGUGAUGAUAGUGCAACACAUACAACAUCAUCAACUGUUAAUCGACCACAUGUUUUAGUAACUAUUCCAAGUAAUCAAGCAGAUGAACAACAAAUAAUAAACGAAGAAAAUUUACGUGAAUUCAAUCCACUUUUAUUCAGUCCAAGUGAAUCAUUAAUACCUACUCAACAACAACAACAACCAUUAACUAUUCAAAUAUCCCAACAAACACCUAAUUCUCAAAUUAGUGAUAUGUCAUCACCAACUCAUCCACUGGAUUCACCAAUGAGUGAUGAUUAUAGUAAUGCAUCAGCUGCUUUACUUGAUACAAAUAGUUUAGGUGGUAUUGGUGGUGGAGAUACAUUAACAUCACAAUAUAAAACUAAUAGUACUAAUACAACAGAUUCUCGUUCAACAACAAUUUCCGAAUCAACUUCAACAUCAGAUCAUCAUCAACAUAUAUCUCCACCAUUAUCACGUAAUCAUCAUCCACUUAGUCAAUCAACUGUUGAUAGUCUUCAUUCAUUUCCACAAGAUUCAACUACAAUCGAUAGUAUUGAUACAACUAUUUAUACACAUGAACAAAAUUUUGAAACAACACGUCUAGCACCUGAAACAGCUUAUACAGCAUGGUUUCGUAUGCUUGGUUCACUUGGAAAUAUAAAUCAAAUACGUUCAGCUGAACAACAUAAUCGUAUAAUGAAAACACUUUUUGAUAUAUGGAAAAUGCUUUGUCGUAUUCAUAUUCUAUCAAAAGAUACUUUACAUGGUGAUUUAUAUUUUGAUGGUCCACCGUUAUUAAUAUUUGCACCAUGGCUUUUUGAAGCUAUACAAACAUUACCAUCAACAUAUCGUGAAGGAAAAUUAUCUGCAUAUAAAUUAUUAUGUUCAAUGGGUGUAUUUAAUCAUGAUGUUUCACCUCCAGCAGAUUUUCUUGAUAUGUUUCUAUUAACUAUUUAUCAAGGUUUAUCAUCAGGAGAUGAAGAUAUUAUUUAUGCUAUAAUUAGUUCAUGUAAAGUAGAUUUUUUUCAUCGAUGUUGGCCAUCAUCAACAUUACUUGUACCAUUAUUUACAACAGCUUGUUGUGAAAUAGGUCAAAAACCAUGUCUUGUUGAUGGAAAAACUAUUCCAAAAGUUGAAGCAUUGACUAUAUUGAGUAGUCUUGUUUGUUUUCCAAAUCAUUUUGAACAACUUGAUGUUUUAUCUACUAAAGAUAAAGAAUAUAUACCAACAACAAUGGAUCGUACAUCAUUAAAACGUAUGAUUAUGCGAGAUUUAAUAAAAGCAUCACAAAAUGAUGCAAUGCUUGAAUCACGAGAAAUAGCUUUAUGUGGUUUAGCAAUAUUUCUUUGUGAAGAAUUAAAACAUCAACGAACUGAAUCACCUAUUCGACCAUUUAUUGUAUUUAUUGUUGAAUGUUUACAGCCGGCUGAUUCAACUGUAUUUGCAGCUGAUAUGCUUCGUUUUCUUGCAUCAUAUGCACCAUUAUUUAUAUCACAUCGUGAUAAUCAAUAUGGUCAAUUAUAUACAGUUAUAAUUGAUGGUCUUAUAUCAUCAUUACGUUCAAAUAUACCACGUGAUAUUGGUGCAUUAAUGCGUAAUAAUGUACGUAUAAUAAAAUCAUUAAUAUUUGCAUUACUCGAUUGGAUAUUACAUGUUCCAACAAAUUAUUUACAACAACAACAACAACAACAAAUUCAACGUGAUGAAAAUAAUCAAGGAAUAUCAACAACAAUUAUACAACGAACAUUUUCAAUAUUAGUUGAUGUUUAUCAUUCAACAAAUAUAUUAAAUGAUGAACAAAAAGUUCAAGAUAAUGAAUUAACAUUAAGUCAAUCAAUAAAAUUAUGUUGUAAAUUUGCUAUAUUAUUUUUACUUAAUGAACAUUCACAUUUUCCAUUAACGGAAAAUGAAUCAUCACUUAUAACAACAAAUGUACAUGAAGGACAUGAUUGGUUAACAUCAUUAAAAUCUCAAACAAUACAAAAUGAUGAUAAUCAAAAUAUAAAUCAAAUUGAUGAAUUAAUUAUAUAUUCAUCAAAUAUUCAAUUAUUUGUUAUACAUGAUGAUUUUUUAAUAUCAUUUAUUGAAAUUCCAAAUGAUAAAACAAAUGAAUUAACAACUGAUAAUCAACAAUUUAUAUCACGAACAACUUUAUGUCGAACUAUAAUAAGAGAUUUAUGUGGAAGAUAUUGUUGGGAUAAUUAUGCAUUUAAUAUUAGUUCAAAUUCUAAAGCAAUUACACGUCCAUUUAAUAAUCCUAUUGAAUUAUCUCUACCGACUAAAUCAACAUAUCAAGUUGAAGAAACAACACGAGGAAUAACAAUAUUGGAAAAAUUUGAUUCUAUUCAACCACCAACUUUUCAAAAUCAAUCACCAAAUACUGAUAUUUUAGAUAAACUUCUUCAAUAUAUAACAUCUCAUAGUCCAGAAUUAGCAUUUUACAGUGAUCGAACAUUAACAGAUGUUUCACCAACACCAACAUCAAUAUCUUCUCAUGAUGAAACAGCUAUAAUACAAAUGAUUAAUGAACAAGAAACAGCAGAAAAAAGUUAUGAUUCAUCUUCAUUUGGUAAAAUUGAACAAAAUCUUGAUAAUAUCAUUCAACCAUCACGUAAUGAUCGAUUUGCAUUAUGUCGAUCACAUAUAACACAACUUGGUUUAAUGAUGUUUGAAAAUCGACAAAAUAUUGAUUUAUUAAAUACAUCAAAAACAAAUUGUGAUCAAUUAUUACGUGAAUUAAAAAAUUUAGAUACACUUAAUUGUCGUGAAACACAUAAAAUCGCGGUUAUUUAUAUUGGUUAUGGACAAGAAGAUAAAACAAGUAUAUUUAAUAAUACACAGGGUAGUCCAAAUUAUGAAGAAUUUCUUAGACAUCUUGGUUGGCAAGUUGAAUUAUCAAAACAUACUGGUUUUCGUGGUGGUUUACAUCCAUUAGCGAAUACAUAUUCAAUAUAUUAUGCAAAUGCACUUGUUGAAAUAAUGUUUCAUGUUGCAACAAUGAUUGAUGGUUCAACAGAUGAAGAUCGACUUAAAAAAAAAACACGUCAUAUUGGAAAUGAUGAAGUACAAAUUAUUUGGACAGAACAUUAUCAUGAAUAUGAUAGAUCAAUUAUUGCUAGUGCUUUUGGUGAUGUUUUAAUUGUUAUACAUCCAUUACCAAAUGGUUUAUAUAGAAUUAAAAUUGAUAAAACUAGCCAAACAACAAAUUUUGGUCCAUUAUUUGAUGGUGCAAUUGUUGAUAAACUUAUACUUCCAGAAUUAGUACGUGCAACAGCUAUAAAUGCUAGUCGUGCACGUCGUACAACACUUAAUAAUCAUUGUGAAUUUUACGAAGAACGUUAUCGUAUAAUAAAUUCAAUAAUUCGUACACAUAAAAAAGAAACAACAUAUGAAGAAUUUCUUGCUAAAUCAUUUACACCAUUAGCUACAAAAACAUUAGUUAACCAAAAUGACGAGGCAACAAAAUCAACGAUUACGCAAACUGAGCGGCGAGAUGGUCCUCCCUAUGUAAUAAAUAAUCCACCAUUAAAUAUUCAUACAAGUAGUCAAAAACCGCCGCGUCAAAGCACUCGAAAUUUUCCUUUUCUAAUACCAAAUAAUAAUACAACAACACCGAUAACACGACGAUAA